AUGGCGGGCGUUUCUCUGGACGAGUUCCUGAAUCGGUGCAAAGAAUCCGGCGACGCUGCAUAUGGCGCCUUGCGCUCCUUGCUGGAACGCCUCGAGGAUCCGGUUACUCGAUCCGACGCUCGGAUCUUCCUGUCCGACCUCUACAAGCGCAUCGGAUCCUCGGAGUCGUGUCUACAGACCUACCACUUCCAUAUCCAGGACAUCUUCCUCGAUCAAUACGAAGGCUUUCAGGCUAGGAAAAAGUUAACCAUGAUGGUCAUUCCAAGUAUUUUUAUUCCAGAAGACUGGUCAUUCACAUUUUAUGAAGGACUUAACAGACACCCUGACACCAUCUUCAAGGAUAAGACUAUAGCUGAACUUGGUUGUGGGAACGGAUGGAUAUCAAUAGCCAUAGCUGCUAAGUGGUUGCCUUCUAAGGUGUAUGGGCUUGAUAUUAAUCCUAGAGCUGUGAAAAUUUCUUGGAUAAAUCUCUACCUAAACGCUCUUGAUGAUAAUGGCCAACCAGUCUAUGAUGACGAGAAGAAAACUUUACUGGACAGGGUGGAAUUCUAUGAAUCUGAUUUGCUUGGUUAUUGUAAAGAUAACAAAAUUCAGCUCGAGAGAAUUGUAGGAUGCAUACCUCAGAUUCUUAAUCCAAACCCAGAAGCCAUGUCUAAGAUGAUAGAAGAAAAUGCAAGUGAGGAAUUUCUCCAUUCGCUGAGUAACUAUUGUGCCCUUCAGGGUUUUGUUGAGGAUCAAUUUGGCUUAGGUUUGAUUGCCAGAGCCGUUGAAGAAGGAAUAUCUGUCAUCAAACCUGCAGGGAUUAUGAUAUUCAACAUGGGUGGUCGUCCUGGGCAAGGUGUCUGUAGACGUUUGUUUGAGCGGCGAGGAGUUCGUGUAACGCAGAUGUGGCAGACUAAAAUACUUCAGGCUGCAGAUACCGAUAUCUCGGCGUUAGUUGAAAUUGAGAGGAGCAGCCCUCACCGUUUUGAGUUUUUUAUGGGACUUUCUGGUGACCAACCAAUUUGUGCUCGAACAGCAUGGGCCUAUGGGAAGGCUGGUGGACGAAUCUCCCAUGCUUUAUCGGUUUAUAGUUGUCAGCUUCGCCAACCAAAUCAAGUUAAGAUAAUCUUUGACUUCUUGAAAAAUGGAUUCCAAGAAAUCAGCAGUUCACUGGAUCUAUCUUUUGAAGAUGAAGCUGUUGCUGAUGAGAAAAUUCCGUUCCUAGCCUAUCUUGCUAGUGUUUUGAAAGAGAGCUCUUAUUUUCCCUUUGAGCCUCCAGCUGGCAGCAAAAGAUUCUGCAGUCUAAUUGCAGGCUUUAUGAGGACAUACCACCGUAUUCCAAUUAAUCAGGAUAACAAGAGCAAUGAGGAAUCAGAUGAUCAAAUCACAGUCAUAGAAUCUCCACACCAAUCUGAUCUGAUGAUAGAACUAAUUAAGAAGCUAAAGCCACAGGUGGUCGUGACUGGAAUGGCUCAAUUUGAGGUCAUUACCAGUUCAUCGUUUUUGCACCUGUUGCAAGUGACGAAAGAAAUUGGAUGUCGACUUUUCUUGGAUAUAUCUGAUCACUUUGAGUUGUCUAGCCUCCCUGCAUCCAAUGGGGUUCUGAAAUAUCUCGCUGAAAAUCAACUACCUUCUCAUGCAGCAAUUAUCUGUGGUUUGGUAAAGAACAAGGUUUAUUCAGAUUUAGAAGUAGCCUUUGUAAUCUCAGAAGUGGAUGGCAUUUCUAAGGCCUUGUCUAAAACUGUGGAAGUAUUGGAAGGUCAUACUGCUAUUAUCAGUCAAUACUACUAUGGUUGCCUUUUCCAUGAGCUUCUGGCUUUCCAGCUUGCUGAUCGCCAUGCCCCAGCGGAGAGGGAAAGUGAGAAGACAAAGUCUGAAGAGAUCAUUGGAUUUUCAAGCUCAGCCGUCUCUGUUUUGAAAGAUGCUGAGCUUUCAGUCACUGAGGUUGAUGACACUUCUGUAAUCCACAUGGAUGUGGACCAAAGCUUCUUGCCAAUACCAAAAUCUGUCAAGGCCGCAAUCUUCGAAAGUUUCGUGAGGCAGAACAUAUCUGAAGCGGAAGUUGACGUCAACCCAAGUAUAACGCAGUUUGUGUGGAGUAAUUAUGGGUUUCCAACGAAAAGCAGCACAGGCUUUGUAUAUGCCGAUGGCUCGCAAGCACUAUUCAACAAACUGGUCAUUUGCUGCGCUCAAGAAGGUGGAACGCUCUGUUUACCCGCUGGCACAAACGGGAAAUAUGUUGCUGCUGCCAAAUUCUUAAAAGCUAAUGUUGUGAGUAUCCCUACUGAGUCUAGUGAUGGCUUUAAGCUGACGGAGACGACUCUAAAGAAAGCGCUCGAGUCCGUGAAGAAGCCAUGGGUUUGCAUAUCUGGACCAACGGUUAGCCCCACAGGCUUGGUGUACAGCAACGAGGAGAUGGAUAUAUUGUUGUCUACUUGUGCUAAAUUCGGAGCAAAGGUCAUCAUCGAUACUUCGUUCUCGGGGUUAGAAUACAGUUCAACAACCUGGGAUUUGAAGAGCUCUUUGUCGAAAUUGGAUUCAUCCUUUUCGGUUUCUCUGCUUGGAUGUCUCUCCUUGAACAUGCUCAGUGGAGCUGUGAAACUCGGGUUUCUAGUUUUGGAUCGGUCUCUUGUUGAUGCCUUCCACACCCUCCCAGGCCUGAGCAAACCUCACAGCACUGUGAAAUAUGCGGCUAAAAAAAUGUUGGCCCUGAAAGAAGAGAAAGCGAGCGACUUUUUGGAUGCCGUCUCUGAAACCAUAAAAACGUUGGAGGGCAGAUCUAAGCGCUUGAAAGAGGUACUAGAGAACUCUGGUUGGGAGGUUAUCGAACCCGCGGCUGGAAUCUCAAUGGUGGCGAAGCCGAAAGCUUAUCUGAACAAAACAGUAAAGCUGAAAGCAGGAGACAACAAACAAGAAGUGGAGCUUACGGAUUCGAAUAUGAGGGACGUGUUUCUCAGCCAUACCGGUGUUUGCUUGAACAGCGGUUCCUGGACCGGGAUUCCUGGUUACUGCCGGUUUACGUUUGCAUUGGAGGAUACCGAGUUUGACAAGGCUGUUGAAUCGAUAGCUCAGUUUAAAAGCGUCCUUGGGUAA